AUGUCACAAAUUAUUGGAGCAUCCAGUCUGCUCUUUUCAAACACUGCCGUCGCUGCUACAAAUCCAGUGUUAGUGGACCACACUUACGCUAUAACUGAAUCUUCAAGAAAAAUAAAAAUCCAAUUGCUUCAACAAGUGGAAAGAAAUAUAGCACUUCGGAGAAAAUUGGAAACGUUACAACAAUGCAAAAGGCGAAAAAACAGUAAAAUAGAAUCGCCGAAGGAAGCCAUACAAGAAUUAAAGAAAAACAAUUACAUCGCCGAAGCAGGACUGGGGUUGUUGGAGGAAUGUUCAGAUGGCACUUAUGGCACUCCAUUUCAAUUAAUGCAGGCUGUCCAAUAUCGGCUUAAAAAACAUUCGGUAGGAGCAUAUCCAGCAGCCUUGUUUAGUCCUGCAAAUAUUGCAUUAAGGCCAUUAGUAGGGUUUAUACUUCAUAAAAACUAUGCAAUCCUCUUUUCCUUUUGCUUUAUUUCAUUAGCCUCCACCAACCUAGAAAUAAUUUUAAUUAUAGACUACAUUUCAAUAAUCUUCUCUACUACAGUCCUUAUCAUUUCAAGAAUAGUACUAUGAUUCUCAGAAGAGUAUAUAGCCGAAGAAAAGUACCCCACACGUUUUAACUACUUAGUGCUCCUGUUUAUUUUAUCUAUAAUCAUAUUAAUUAUAAGACCAAAUCUUAUAAGAGUCCUAUUGGGGUGAGACGGCCUAGGGCUAGUAUCUUAUUGUUUAGUAAUCUACUACCAAAAUUCUCGCUCUUUAAACGCAGGAACAAUCACCAUCCUAUCAAACCGAAUUGGAGAUGUGAUAAUUCUAAUAGCAAUUUCUCUCUCCCUUUCUUUUGGUUCCUGAGAUAUUCUAUCUAUAAACACCUUAUUAAAUAAUCCUAUCCCCCUAACCUUAAUUAUAAUCGCAGCCAUAACUAAAAGUGCACAAAUCCCCUUUUCCGCCUGACUUCCGGCUGCUAUAGCAGCCCCAACACCUGUAUCAGCACUAGUUCACUCAUCAACCUUAGUCACUGCAGGAGUAUUCCUUUUAAUUCGAUUUCACAACAUAAUAAACUAUAAAAUUUUCUUAGUCCUUCUCAUCUCAUCAACUUUAACAAUAUUUAUGGCCGGUUUAUCCGCUACAAUAGAAAUAGACAUAAAAAAAAUUAUUGCCCUAUCAACCCUAAGCCAACUAGCCAUCAUAAUACUAGCCCUAUCCUUAAGUCUAUGAAAGCUAGCCUAUUUCCAUAUAAUUACUCAUGCUCUCUUCAAGGCCUUAAUAUUUCUAUGCGCAGGAUUCGCUAUUCACAACAUAAAAAAUAAUCAAGACAUACGAAAAAUGUCUCUUCUAAUUUCAUCCUCCCCCACUAUCAGCACCUGUAUAAUAAUCUCAUCUAUCACAUUAAUGGGUCUUCCCUUUUCUUCCGCCUUUUAUUCAAAAGACCUAAUUCUAGAGACACUAAUUUCAUCACAAAUUAAUCAAACAAUUUUAAUCAUAACACUAAUCUCAUUUGGACUAACAACAAUAUACUCUCUUCGAUUAACCUUAAUAACACUCUGAUUCAAUAAUCUAGGACCAAAAACAACAGCAAUCUUAGAAACAAAAAAAAUAACAACACCUAUCAUCACAUUAACUACAACAUCAAUCUU